AUGUCGAUCUAUUCCAGGGCUCCGUCGAGGCAAGCGCAUCAGGGCAACUUGUCUACACUGCAGCCUGUAAUUGCUCAGGUGGUGGAGGACACCGUUGGCUUUCGCUAUGCACAUUUACCGUCACCUUCGUCAGCUUUCGGACAGACUCAGGACCGUCCUCACCGGAAGUGA